AUGUAUACAGCAUCCUUCGCCUUUUUCGAGGCAUUAUGGGAGGCAGGAGUCACACAUUGUUUCGUCAAUCUUGGCUCAGAUCAUCCUUCGAUCAUUGAAGCCAUGGUAAAAGGCCAAAAUGAAAAGAAAGGCGAAUUCCCUCGGAUCAUUACAUGCCCAAAUGAGAUGGUAGCCCUUUCCAUGGCCGAUGGAUUUGCCAGACUAACACGACGUCCACAAUGCGUCAUAAUCCACGUCGACGUCGGGACGCAAGGACUCGGAGCCGCAGUUCACAACGCUUCCUGCGGUCGUGCUCCAGUUUUAAUUUUUGCUGGCCUCUCUCCCUACACCAUAGAAGGCGAACAUCGCGGCUCCCGCACUGAAUAUAUCCAUUGGAUCCAGGAUGUACCGGAUCAGAAACAGAUCGUUGCGCAGUAUUGCAGAUACGUGGGUGAGAUUAAGAGUGGAAAGAACGUGAAACAGAUGGUAAAUCGUGCCUUGCAGUUUGCGACGAGUGAGCCCGCUGGACCUGUGUAUCUGUGUGGUGCGAGGGAGGUUAUGGAAAUGGAUUUGGAGCCGUACACAUUGCAGCAAGAGCAUUGGGGGGCGGUAGAAGCCGGCGCGUUGAGCGAGGGAGGCGUGAAGAGGGUUGCUGAGGCGUUGAUGGCGGCGAAUGAACCGCUGGUCAUUACAGGUUAUAGUGGACGGAAUCAUGAUGCUGUUGGUGCCUUGGUAAAGUUAGCUGAUAUGGUAAAAGGACUUAGAGUUCUCGAUACGGGAGGAAGCGACAUGUGUUUUCCGGCUAAUCAUCCGGCAUGGCUUGGUCUAAGAUAUGGAGUGGACGAGUCGAUAAAGUCUGCAGACAUGAUUCUAGUUCUCGAUUGCGACGUUCCCUGGAUAAACACACAAAACCACCCGUCCACAGCCUGUGAGAUUUACCACAUUGAUACUGAUGUGUUGAAACGUCAAAUGCCAGUCCACUACAUCGCAGCUCUUGCUCGGUAUACAGCAGAUGCUUUCACGAGCCUAACGCAACUUACAGAUUACAUUUCCGCUUCCCAGAACUACACCAAGAAAGUUUCAACGUACGAUGUUCGCUGGGAGGCGCUCCAAACUUCUUACGCUCUUCGUUUAGAAAACAUAGUAGCGGCAGCAAAACCAAAGGAAGGAAAGUUUGGAACAGGCUACCUUUGCUCAACGCUUCGAAAGAUGUGUCCACAGGAUACAAUUUGGGCCAUCGAAGCAGUGACGAAUAGCUUUUUCGUAGCAGAUAACUUACAAUGCAGUGUUCCAGGCUCAUGGAUUAACUGUGGCGGCGGCGGUCUAGGCUGGUCUGGUGGAGGAGCUCUGGGCAUUAAACUUGGAUCCUCAUACUACUCAAACCCAAAAGACGGUGGGAAAUUCGUCGUCCAGAUAGUAGGUGACGGAACCUACCUCUUUUCUGUCCCAAGCAGUGUAUAUUGGAUAUCCCAACGUUAUUCAAUUCCAAUACUUACAAUCGUUUUGAAUAACAAAGGAUGGAACGCUCCAAAGAAAUCGUUACUGCUCGUCCAUCCAGAAGGACUUGGUUCUAAAGCCACGAAUGCUGAGUUGAAUAUCGAGAUCGCAGGUCCUGACUUUGGAGGGAUUGCUAAAGCUGCAGCUGGUGGCAAUUGCUAUACCGGCAAGGUUUCGGAGGUUGAUGAACUUGAGAAGGUGCUCGGAGAAGCUAUAAAAAGUGUACAAGGAGGUAUUACAGCUGUUGUCGAGGCUGUUGUUGCGUCUGGCUGUUAG